AUGGGAAUGGCAACUAUCAGAGCUAAGGGGGAGAAAAAGAGCCGGAGUGAGCAAAACAAAGAGCGAGUGUGGGCCGCAGUGACUUCAUGCCUCACCAAUGUCCCGCCCACGCUGCUUCGAGCUGUUGCUGCUGCUGCCGCCGGAGCCGCCGCGCCUGCUGGAGGCCGGGGCGAGGCGCUCGGUAGCGUGGGGCGGUUUCCUAGCAACUCGCGGCCCCAAGAGCUAACAGCUAUCGGCACAUUGGGAGCCAACCCCGUGGGCCGGGGCAGGACCACUCCUCCCCCGCCCCUCACGAGCCUCGUCUCCCUCGCAUCCUCGCUGGGUGCACCCCAGUGCGCGCCAGCUGCCCGGGUUCUGGACGGCGGGACGCCUGAGCCUCACACUGGGGCCAAAAGGCGAGAGCACGAAGCUCCCGCCCGCGAGGCCGGCCUCCUGCACCCCCGCGGAACCUCCUCUCCUGCGCUCGCGGCCGUGCGCUCCACUCCCGGCCAAGCAGGGAGCUGCGAUGCCUCGCUGUGUGUCCGCGGGCGCCGGCGGGGGCUUCUAGGGCGCUCCUGGAGCCUCCUACCCCGGCUGCUGGCACCCCGAGCUUCCUCCCUCGCCAGCCAGGACGCUGCCGCUUCGAUUUUGCCUGCUGCUCAGCUGACGAGGUUGCAAAGCUGCAACUAAAUGGAGUUGGCCUCCCUGACCACCUGUGGAAGAAGCUCCCGCUGAUUGAUGCGCCAUCGACUUUUUUCCCUUUCGGCCUCGCUGGCGUCCCCUCCCACAGAUGCAGCAUCACCCAGUGAAUGUACAUUAGGCUGGUUUUUCCCCCCAGCUUCAGGCUUUGUUUGGGUUUGAUUGUGUUUGGCUCUUCGCUAAGCUGAUUUAUGCAGCAGAAGCCCCAUCGGCUGGAGAGAAACAAAAGCUCUUUUCUUUGUCCCAGAGCGGACUGCGGAGACUUCGCUCGAGUCGCCGCCCCGGGCCAUUGGCCGUCGGAGGAGGUUUUGGGCUGUCACAAAGAGCAUCCCGGCCAGGUAAGUGGCCCGGUGUCAGCCUCCAUCGCCUUGAGAACUUCGUGAGGGCGGGUGUGUGACGGCGUCCUCCAUUGCAGGCGGCCUGAGGGAGGCCAGGUGUCAAGCAUUUCCGCUCCGGAGUGACAGCAAUAACUACUUAUACAAGGAGACGCUGCGUGUUGCUCCCGGUUGUUGGGGAAGCAAUACGAGAAUGGAAAUUUGGAAGAGUAUUUCCAGAAGCCAAUUUAGGGGUUCUGCUCCAUCCUUGAAGGCAUCCUCCUUGAAGAUAUCCUUGAAGAUGCUUCCCAUCUUUCUAGCAUGUGGGUCCAUUAAUCACUAGCUUGCAUUUGAUUCAAGGCUGAAGAUAAAUCGCUAUAAUGGGAGUGAGUCUUCUGUUUUUUGAAGAAAACUAUGAAAGAAAAGGAUGGCAGUAUACAAGUUUCUUCUAUCACAGUGCUCGGCCUGAAUGAAUUAAAAACAUUUAAGGAAUAUCCUUACUUUAAAUCACCAUUUUUUCAGCUUAAAAAAAAAAUUCCUAGGUAAUUGAUCCCCCAGUGAGAUCAAUCCCUGAGACUGAGACCCUGAAACAGAACCCUGUACCAAGAUUGACGGCUUUCAGUCCAGACAAGCCACUUCUGUCAGAAUUACCUUGAUUUGGAGAGCAUACUUAUUUUAAAGUAUAUUGUCCUCAUAUUACAAAUGAGGAUAAUAAUACCUGCCUAAAUCACAAAGAAAAACUCAGGUCAAAUAGCGUAUGAAAAGGUGUUUUGGCUCUUCUGAAUUAUAUGCAAAUAUAAGGUGGCAGUAUGGGAUUGUUAGCAAACAGUAAAGCAUACAGUAAGUAAUAGCAAUAAUCAUCAAUUUAGGAUGAGUUCUUAACGGUUUUAAAUAUAAGUCAUACAUUUGUUUUUGCCAAUGCAAUGACUAUUGCCAUACUAUUAGAGCCUUUCUCUGACCUCCUGUUGAAGAACUGUUGUAACUGUUUGUAGGCUAAAAUUUUCUCCUAGCUUUGAAUUGAUGUGUCAAGUUUCUGCCUGAAGCUGAUUAAAAUGGUCAAGUCAUAACUUUAUAAAUAAGGCUUUAUAAUGGAAACAUCCAGUUAGUUUCACGUAUUUUUUGUAUAUAUAGUUGUCUAAUAUUUGUUUCAAAAGUAGCUUCACCCAGUUAUGUGAAAUGAGAGCAAUUAGAGUAAAUUUUUAUCUUGUGGUUAUUUUUUGACUUGUAUGUUGAUUUCAAAAUAAGUGAAACAAGGCAAAGGAAAAAGUAACAUUCAUUAUUGAUUCUCUUAAGUGGAACACCCAUUUGUUGCAGCAGAUUUUCCACUGAGCAUAAUUCCAUCCUGUGUUAAUAAGUGAACAAAGUAUUUUUCUAGAUUUAGUAAACACAUAUACAAUAGUAAAAUGACCGAAACUUGUGCCAACAGAAUACAUUUUGUCCCCAAUACAUAGGCAAAGGAAAAAAUCCUACUUGCCUCUAGAAUUUGCUAAUAAUAGUAAUAAUUUUUUAGUAUUCAUUGUGCUUGUAAAGAUUAGUCAAGUUCUCAUGUAAUAGCAUUGUAUUUCUAUCCAGUGACUAUAACUGAUUUGAAGCAAAUAUUAUGAAUGGGCUCCCUUGCACCUGCAGUUGUGAAAAGGGAAUGCUUAUCCAAAAUUAGAACAAGGCAUCCUUUUCCCAGUCUCUGUCAAUAUACAAAGGUUUCUGAUGUACACUGGUUUGCGUUGCAGUUAAAAACAUGCAAAAAAUUUAAAUUAUAGUCAGUGCAACUCAGAAAAUUAGAGAUCAGCAUAAACUGUUGUACUUUCAUGAUAUAGCUACAAGUCUCAAAUUAUAUGUCUUCACAGUGCAAAUUAGAUGCUUAAAGCAGAAGAGAAAUUUAGGUAUCAGUUACAAAAGAAAUCUUGUUCCCUUGCUCAGUAGUUUACACCAAGGAAAUGUUGAGGGCAAUAAAGCUAUACAAAAGAAACCAUAAACUGCACAACAACAUAACUUUGGGUUUAAUUUUUGAGUAGAAUUUAUAGGUCCCCAAUUCUUAGUGGAUUCUUAAUCAUGAAUAUAUAGUGAGCAAGGGAGAUGUUAUUAAUAAAACCUGAACAUUUUUCUGAUCUAGAAAAACAUUAUUGGAGUUUGUUUUUCAACUUUCCCUGGUGGAAAUUACCGACAAUGAGAGGAACAAUAACACUAUAAAAUGGUUAAUGAGUAACUGGAAAACACUAAAGAAUACCUAGUGGUUAAUAUUUGAAGAGUUAAUGUAGCAACACUGUUCUUUCUAUGUUUACUAGUUUUGAAAGAUUAAAAUUUCUUUUACCUGCAUUUUUAUAUAGCAAUAUGAGUGACAAAUUUCUUUUAAAAAAGUGGUAAAUAUUAUUGCAAUGAAAUUUCACCUUUUGUGCAUAAUCAACUAUUUAUUCUUUUAAAUAACAAUCAACUAAAUUAGCAUCAUUUUGUAACUGUGAUAUUACUUUACCUCAGAAGUAUUUCAUAGCAUGUGUUCUCAGGUUUCUUUAUGCUUACCUAAAGAGAGAACCAAGGCUUCAUUUUUAAGAAUCCAGUCUUCCAAAUUAUUUGCACGAUAAGCAUACAAAAUAAUUCUAUCUUAAAGCAACUGAGACACUUUGAUAAAAAAGUUGGUGCCGUAUAUGAAAAGUCUAUGUUUGUGUUGUAGAUGAAAGCACAAUAGCUGAUAAGAAUUGAAAAAUUUCAGAGAAAUUUUUGUGCCCCCAAAUAGUUCCUUCACCUGUUACCAAAUUAUCUGAAAUUUCACCUUUUAAUGGAUUUCUUUGGAUUAAGCAUGAUAUUGACACUAUGUUUCUUUUAACUUUUAACUCUAUAUUAUGGAAAUUUUCAAACACAUACAGAAUCAGAGACAAUGGUAUAAGGAAUCACCAUAUACCUAUCACCCAGCUUCGUCAACUAUCAGCUCAAGGCCAACUUGCAUCUCUUCCCCUACCCAGUUCAUCUCCUUCCAACUAGAUUAUUUUGAAGCAAAUCUCUCAUAUCAUUUUAUCCUAAAAUAUUUUGGUAUCAAAACACUACUGGAGGAGAAACACACUGUCAUGCGUGUUAAUCCCACAACAUGAAUUAUUUUAGCUGAAAUUUAGGGCCACAAGAAUGUUCACUAUCUUUAAAGGGAGGAAUGCAGAAGUGAAGGAGGCAAGCAAAGACAGACAUGUUCAACCAUUUACUUUUCAACAGUUCUACUAUGGCUCCAUUAAAAAUAUUUUUCUUGAAAGUAUGCAUAUGUAACAGCUUUUUGGUACGCAUGUAUAUGAAGAAGAAGAAAUAACAUGAAUAGAAAGAAAUAAUAACAGGAAUAAAUCUACUUCCCCAGACAAACUUUAAUUACUUUAUCCCGAUGGAAUCACAGCAGGUAUAUACCUUGUUUGAGUUUCGUUUUAAGGAGUGCUCCCCUUGUCUAUUGAGUCAUCGGUUUUUCUCCUCUCUAAUGGGUCAUUUACAGCAUAUGCACAUCCAUGCAUGCUGUAAUAUCUUUCUUCUUCUAUUUCUCACUCUCCUUUAUAGCAAAAACCUUGAAAGAGUUGUCCAUCUGUGCUGUCUCCAACCUUCCUCACCUUCUCUUUGAUUUCACUGAAGUCAGGCUUUCUUUACCACCUCUGCACUUGUACCACUCUGUUAAGAUCACAGUGACCUCCCUAUUGCCAAAUCCAAUAGCCUAUAGUUCAUAGUCUUCAUCCUGCUUGACGUAUCAUCUGUCAGUGAGUUAACACUGUUCGAAACACUUUUUUCCUUGGCUUCCUGGACCCACAUUCUCUGGUGUAAGCCCCUUUUCCAUCUGUGAUGUUGGUUCUUCCUCAUAUCCCAACCUUCAAAUGUAGGAGUGGCUCAGUCCUCAGACUUUCUCUUCUGGAUAUAUACUGAGUCAUCAGGUGGACUGAUCCAGUCUUAGGUCUUAAAUACCAUUCUAUGCUGACAACCCCAGUCCUGACCUCUUAUCUAAUCUCUAUAAUGUAUAGCAAACUGCCUCUUCAACAUCUCCAUUGUAUGACUAAAGGCAAAAUCAACCCUAACAUAUUCAAAACCAAACUUCAAAUUUUCUCCCUUAAGCUUGUUCCUUUCACACUCAUCCUCAUCUCAGUAAGUGAUAACUCAGUCUUUUAGUAGUUCAGAGUAACAUUUUGGCAGCAUCCUUGAUUUCUCUGUUAUCUCACAUUCCACAAUCAGUUUACCACCUCCACUGCCACCACUCUGGUCUAUGCCAUUUUUGCUUGAACUCUUGAAUGCCUACUGGACUGGCUUCUCUGCUCCAUGGUGCAGCCAGACUAUGUUCCUCAGGUUCUGUCACCCCUCCACUCAGAACUCUACAUGGCUUUUCAUCUGUCUGAGAUCAAAGGUCAAGUCUUUACAUGGCUUCCAAGAUCCAGCUGACUUCCUGACCUUAUCUCCUUACCCUCUUUCCCUCUCUCACUUUGCUCCAGCAACACUGGUCCUUGCUAUACCUUGGAUGCACCAAGCAUGAUCCUACCUCCAAUCUUAAACUCACUGUUUCUCUGCCUGGAAUGUGCUUCCCUGAGAUAUUUUGUUGAUUCCCUCUCCUUCACUUCUUCCAGAUGUCUAUUCAAAUAUCAUCUUAUCAGAGAGGUUGUUUCUGUCCUCCUUAUCAACACUGUGUAGCCUACUUACCCCAGUUACCUUUUUCUCUUAUGUACCUUAGCAUCCCUGAUCUAUUAUGUAUUUGUUUGUUUACUGCUCUUCUCUCUUCUCCCAACCUAGCAACUAGAUGACAGCUCAUGACAGAAGGUACUUUGUUCUCUUUCUAACUAUCGAAUGCCAGCUCUGUAAAAGGUGCUCAGUACACAUUUGUUGAAUGAAUGAAAGAAAGAAUAAGUAAAUUUCUUGUUGAUUUUGUCAUCAGAUUGAUUCCCAGUUCAUUCCAAGACAGGGCUUCAUUUAUUUUCUAUCAGUCUCUCUUCUCUUUGCAACAAAUGGAUGAACUGAAGAAUCAAGUUCUAUUAUAUUUAUUAGAAAAUAACAGAAUCUUCUUCCAGAAGAAAAAAUAAUAAAGGUAUUCCUACAUGUAGUAUAUAAGCAUGCAAAAAAAAAAAAAAAAAAAGGUUUGCCUAAUAAGCCAAUUUUCUUCUUUUUUUUGUCCAUUCAUAUUUGAUAAAAAUUGACUUAAUCCUGUAACCUCUUUUUUUGGAAAAGUAUAGUAUAUCCUCAUGUGGUAGAACCAUAUAUAGGACUAUAAAAAAUAUGAGGACUGACCAGAUAGAAAGGUUCUCAGAAUAAUUUUACCAGCUGAUAAUUUUUUAAAUGUAUAAGUUUUAAGGAUAUAUUAUUUAUUCAUGAAUAUAUACACCUGCUAAGCUAAUUAAGCCUUGAUUAGACUGAAAACAAAAUUAGUUAAUAAUUUUAAUAAACCAGAGGAAGUCAAGGGAUACAGUUUAGAAGAGAAAGGGACAUUUUUAAUAGGAUUAAAUACAGACAAUUAAUAAGAUAAAUAUAAUAAUCAGUUAGCAUUCCAAUUUUAUUUUUAUCAGACAUGAGUAAUAUCAUGAUAUAGAAACACUAUAUUACCUUUGCAAUUUUCCCGUACUCCAUUUUGAAUGAACCUUCCUCAAAGCAAAUAAAAUAUUUAAGAUAAUCUGGUCUUUGUUUAAUAGUUUAGAGCGUUUUCUGCCCCACCUGUUAAAUUUGAUUUACCCAGGUAUAAAUAGUUUGGUGUUAAAUUCCUCACUUUGUUCACCCUGCCAGUGCCAUUUUAUUGAUCACUAGAUGGGCUGUCAGAGGGUAGUGUUUUGAUCUAAGGUUCUUCAAACUUUAACAAAUUCUGAUCCUAUGCAGAGACCAUUCAGUUUUCUUUAAAAGUAAUAAACUAUUUACCUUGUGAUACAGUCUUUCUCUUGUUUGGACAUUAUAAGAAAAGAUGCUCAAAUCAUCCUCCUCGAAAGAGCCUGUUGUAUAGCAUUCUCAGUUAUUUAAAUGAUGUCUUUUUGCUGGUUUGAUAAGUCUCAGUGAAUAACUGAUAUAAAAAUUGUAUUACUUGUAAUAUUAUUUAACCAAAUUGACAUCAGGAAAUAGUUUUUUAAUAUGUUUAUUGAAUAACCUAGCAAUGUUCAUAACCAAUCCUGUAUUGUAGGUGCUCAGCCCUUCUUGGUGCUCAAAACUCUAGUCCCCGUUGCAGCCCACGUCUACACAUUUAGAGGAGUUUUGCCAGCAUGAGGACUGUGAGGCCUUAUGUAUCUUCUCCAAUUAUAUAUGAAAUAUAUUUUGUAAGCUAUAUAUUGAUUAUAAAAUAAAAUAAGCCAUAGAAAAAAAUAACAUUUUAUGUUGAUUCAUAUUGCAUUUUAUUAAGUUGAACAAUUAAAUACUGAGCUUUUUAA